AUGGGACAAAGCCAUUCCAUGCCUCUGUCCCUGACCCUUGAUUAUUUGACAGAUGUCCGCUCAAGGGCCCAGAAUCUUUCUUUUUCAGUGAAACGCCAGACCUGGCAGACUCUCUGCGCUUCAGAAUGGCCCACCCUCAGAGUUGAAUGGAACACAGAAGGAUCCUUCCACAUCCCUUUAAUCUGCAAAGUCAGAGAUAUUGUCUUUCAGCCGGGGCCGCAUGGCCAUCCAGAUCAACAGCCAUAUAUCUUAAUCUGGCAGGACCUCUGUGAAUUUCCUCCCACAUGGGUGAAGCCUUUCCUUGUCCCAGCCCCCACUCCCACCCCUUCCCCCACCCGACUUACAGGGUUAGUCGAGUCGCUGAUGUUCUCACACCAGCCCACUUGGGAUGACUGCCAACAACUCCUGGGGACACUCUUCACAACAAAGGAAUGGGAGAGAAUCCUCCUGGACGCCAGAAAGAAUAUUAUCAGACCAGAUGGGAGGCCAACUCAACUUCUCAUCAUCAUUGAAGCUGGCUUCCCCUCGAACUGACCCAACUGGGACCCUAACACCUUUGAAGGUAGGGAGCAUCUGUCCACUUAUCGCCGGGCUCUUAUAGUGGGUGUCAGAGCGGCCGCCAGGUGGCCAACUAAUUUGGCCAAGGUAAGAGAGAUUAUCCAGGGGACUAAUGAAUCUCCCUUGAGGUUUCUGGAGAGAAUUAUGGAAGCAUAUAGGAGAUAUACUCCCUUUGAUCCUCAGGCAGAGGACCAAAAGGCAUCUGUUGCAAUGGCUUUUAUUGGGCAGGCUGCCCUGGAUAUUAAGAAAAAGUUACAACGUUUAGAUGGAUUACAAGAUAUGACCUUAAGAGAUUUAGUCAGAGAAGUUGAGAAAGUAUAUUAUAAGAGAGAACAAAAGGAAGAUGAAAGGAGAAAAAGGCAGACUAAAGCAUUGGCAAAGGUCCUGGUCGCAGCCGCAGAUAGACCAGAAGUUAAAAAGCAGGAAGUCAGGAAGGGAUACCUGGGCCCACGCCAAAAGCUGCCCCUGGCCUCGGAUCAAUGUGCCUACUGUAAAGAAAAAGGACACUGGGCCAAAGAGUGCCCCAAAAAGAGGCAGCCAUGCCAGCCUGUCAUGCUAACUCUAGAAGAUGACUAAGAAAGUCAGGGCUCGGAUCCCCUCCCUGAGCUCAGGGUAACAUUUGAAGUGGAGGGGACCCCAGUGACCUUUGAAGUAGAUACAGGAGCAGUAUAUUCAGCCCUAAAGACCCCACUGGGCCUUCUAUCUAAUAAAAGAUCCUUAGUUCAAGGGGCUAAUGGCAAUAAAUAUCUGGCUUGGACAACAAAGAGAACUAUGGACCUAGGAAGGGGAAAAGUCCACCACUCUUUCCUAGUAAUCCCAGAAUGCCCAGCCCCAUUGAUGGGCAGGGAUCUACUCACCAAGCUCCAGGCUAAAAUAACCUUUAACCCUGAUGGUCCCCAAGUGGAAUUUCUAAAUCCUUCAGUAAAACCCCCAGUCAUGGCUUUGACUAUGUCAGUAGAAGAUGAACAUCAACUCUUCACGGCCCCUGGGACUGAUCAAACAGCUCUCCACAGGGACCUCAAUGACUUCAGAACUGCACACCCUGAAGUCACCCUACUCCAAUAUGUGGAUGAUCUGCUGCUGGCAGCCAACAACAGGGAGAACUACAGAAUAACGCUGGGACCCCCUGCUCCACUCAACCCGGCUACAUUGCUGCCAGAAGAAUCAUCAGGACUCGUUGCUCAUGAUUGUCAACACAUACUGGCAGAGGAGACCUAA